AAUACCUCCUGGUCAUGUUCCUCUCGCCCAUUUGCUCGACGCUACUCCGCCGCCGUCCGUCAGCCAUCUCGCCGGCGCCUCAAGCCACUGAGAUCUCUCCUCCAGAUCUCUUCUUUAAUCCCUCCUACUAAACUCUCCUUUUCUUUUUAGCUUGCAUAGGAACACAACCGAAGUCCGGCCGCAAUCGCUUGCGUCGCCACCGCAGCUUCAAGCGAGGGUUUCUUCUGCUAAAAUUCUUCGCCUUUGAUUAUCACAUCCACCUUCUCCAGUUCACGGUUGUUCUCUGUCGUGGACCAAUUAUCUGCCGCCGCCACUGCUCCUCGUCGACGAAGUCAACGCAGGCCUCCUCCGUUCCUCCCUACUCUUCAGAAGUAGAAACGUUUUCCAUCAUUUUCUAGCAGAGUCACAGCCACUCCUUUAUUUUGAUAGAGAAGAGCAGCAAUCUUUUUCCCUUCUCACGUGGAGCAGCUGCAAAUAUCUUUAGCGUAUGCGAUCAAUUCCCCAGGUGAUCGAAUAUUGAAUUGCAACGGCAAGGAGAGUUCCACAAGGACCUAUUUUGCAAAUUUUUUUGGAUAAAUCGCAGUGGGGAUGGCUUUACCUCAAGCUAUAAAAGCUGGACUUCCCUGCAUGAAUCUUCUUAGAAUGACAGCUGUGCCAAUAUUAGAGCAACUAUAUUUGGAGGAAAGGCUGCUCAGAACCUCAGCAGAGAAUUGGUGCAUCAUUAAUCAUGGGACAAGUCUUCCCACCAUAGUCAUGGGUAUAUCUGGGAGGCCUUCAGAACUUGUUGAACUGAAGCCUGUGCUUCGUGAUCAAAUUCCUGUGAUUAGAAGAUUUUCUGGAGGAGGCACGGUUAUCAUAGACAAUGGCACACUUUUUGUCUCUUUGAUUUGCAACAAGAAUGCUAUUCCGGGGCUGCAACCUUAUCCUCACCCGAUUAUGUCCUGGACUGGGCAGAUGUAUGGUCAGGUGCUUCAUGAGUUUGGUGAUUUCCAUCUUCGUGAAAAUGAUUAUGCAUUUAAUAGUCAUAAAUUCGGUGGAAAUGCUCAGUCCAUAAUUAAAGAUCGAUGGAUCCAUCACACAUCAUUUCUUUGGGAUUAUGAUGCCAGGAACAUGGAAUAUCUUAAACUACCCAGUCGAGCUCCCAAAUACAGAUCGGCACGAUCUCAUGUAGAGUUCUUAUGCCGAAUGAAAAAUUAUGUACCAUCAAGAACAACUUUUAUUGAAGGCACCAUUAAGUCUCUUGGAGGCCACUUCUCGAUUAGACCGUUUGAUCUGGAUGAACUUGGUAGCCUUUCUGGUUCUGGUUCUUUGUCUGGUUCCACCAAACUACUGACGAGGCAAGAAUUGGAGGAAGCAUACUCAUUUCAAUGUGUAGCCGUAAGAUAGUUUUGUGCUUGUUAUCAAAACUAGAUAUUCUUCAUUCUGCACCAUUACUACAAGAAGGAUGAUUUAUUAAAUUUUUAGAAUAAAUUAUUCGAAUUCAUGAGGAUUUUAUUUGUUAUAUGCCAUGUAAUAGGUAGUAACGGUUGCUCCACCUUUUUUUCCCCUUGAAUUAAACAGGAUAAGCUGAUCUGGCAAUAUGUUGAUUGUUUUAACUCCGAGACUGAUGAUGGUUAAU